AUGGCUCGAGAAACGGGAAAAUCUUUGUUGAAUCAACACACAGAAAAGCACUUCACUGCUGGAGAAAUUGUUCGUGACAUAAUCAUCGGUGUUUCCGACGGACUUACCGUACCUUUUGCGCUUGCGGCCGGUCUGUCCGGCGCCAAUGCAUCGUCCUCCAUAAUUCUCACCGCCGGCAUAGCCGAGGUAGCUGCCGGAGCCAUCUCCAUGGGACUUGGAGGGUAUCUCGCUGCUAAAAGUGAGGCAGAUCAUUAUAUCAGAGAAAUGAAAAGAGAAGAGGAAGAGAUCAAUGAUGUGCCCGAUACAGAAGCUGCUGAGGUUGCAGAGAUACUAUCCGAAUAUGGGGUUCAGCCGCAUGAAUACACGCCAGUAGUGAAUGCUCUGAGGAAGAAUCCGCAGGCAUGGCUGGAUUUUAUGAUGAAGUUUGAGCUGGGAUUGGAGAAGCCAAAUCCAAAGAGAGCACUUCAAAGUGCAUUUACAAUUGCAAUUGCUUACAUUGUGGGUGGAAUGGUGCCACUAAUUCCCUACAUUUUCAUUCCAAUUGCAAAAAAAGCUGUGAUUGCCUCUGUAGUGUUAACUCUAUUGGCAUUGCUAAUCUUUGGUUACGCAAAAGGUUACUUCACUGGGAAUAAGCCCAUUAGGAGCGCUCUACAAACUGCACUAAUUGGAGCUAUUGCAUCUGCUGCUGCUUUUGGCAUGGCCAAAGCUGUUCAAGGAUAG